ACAUAUACGAAUAUAUACGAACGCAUUUAUCGCCGCGCGGUCAGUCGUCGAAAUGUUCGAGAUCCGGUCGUUUUGAAAAGCAGCUCGAGCGGUCUUCUCGCGUGAAAUUGAAACUGAAAAAGCCGGUAAAACUGAAGCAAGUGUGUUGUGAUUCAGAAUUGAGCAAAACGAAAACGGUGGCCAAACGAGCCGUUUAAUGAGCAAACAGGCUGGCCAAUAACCAAUUACCAUCAGCCAUGCCAUCAAGGAAUCGUGAUAACGCAGACACAACCGGCAGCAAUUUGUUAAUUUGAAACGUCGCGUGUGUUCCUCUACAAAAAAACCGAGUAAUUUACCAAGCAUUUAAAUUGCAUUUGUAGCAUAGCACUUUAGUUGCGCGUAGGAGGAACAGCAAGGUCGUUGGGGUCGAAUGCGAAUGUUUGUGAUGCAAGUGACAAAAUCAAAAUUGGAGUAAAUAGGUAGCCAGCCAUUCCUGUGAGCAUCUUCGCGUCGCGUAACGGUAAAUCUUUGCGCCCUGCGUGUCUGUGCGUUCGUGUUUGAGUGUACGUUUUUCGGUUUUGUUUUCAUCUCCUCCUUGCCGUCCUCCUUCUUCCACCUUCAAUUGCCAUCUCCUAAUUUCCUCUACGAACGGAGAAACACGAAAACGAAAAGUUUCGAAGACCAAAAUAUUGAUGAACUAUAUUUUUCUACUUGACAAAUUUUGAACUCAAAACAGACACUGGCGCACAAAAGAACCUGUCAUCUAGAACAUUAGAGGAGCAAUGCGGUGAAGCGGUGGCGCCAAACAAAAUGUGAGGAUAAACCAGCGUUGGAGCCUUCUGGGAUUAUGCUAAAAAUGCUCAAAGUGCGAUAUAAAUUUUUAUGAGUGUACGCGCUGAAUUUUUACGACUGUCUGGGGGCGGGGAAAAUAAAUUAGAGAAAAUGCCCCAGGGAGGACGAUUUAAAACAAUACAAUAGCUUAAAGUGGCAACGGAAAUUGCAUGCAACCAGGAGGCGUGGCACUGUACGCCCACCGAGCACGUGACGCGCACACCAAGCCAACAGCGAAACUAAUAGAAGCCAUUUUGUAGCGCUAAUUCGCAGGACACACGUAAACGCAGCACAGCUACGUCUUACGUAAAAUCACCACCCAUCUGCCAAUCGGAAAUCAAGGAGAAACCAUACACCCCCAUACCUCGUCAUCAUCAUCAACAUGGCAGUUAGCAAUAUUGUCUGCGAGUGGCUAAGAGCGCUGGGCCUGGCCCAAUAUGCCGAGAGCUUCCUGGACAAUGGCUACGACGACCUGGAGAUCUGUAAACAGGUCGGUGAUCCCGAUCUGGACGCCAUCGGCGUCGAGAAUCCUGCCCAUCGACACAAGCUGCUCAAGAGCAUCCGAUCGCUGAGGGAAAAGGGCGCCGCAUCCGUCUACUUUAUGCUCAACGAUCCCAACUCGCUCUCGGGCAGCAUGGAGAUCCUCUGCGAAACACCGCCCAACAACGAACUGGAGCUCGUCCUGCGGGAGCAGCUGGAGACGGACGGAGUCCGGCUGACUGCGCAUCCAUACUCAACACCGGUAAGCUGAUUGAUCAACAUGAAUUGUUUUGGCCUCGGCAUCAGGUUUUUAUAAUAAGUAUUCCUCUCUGAUAAAUACACCCAUCAUCUGGCUAAGUCCGCGGUGUCAAGUGCAAUGUUAAAGAUCAUAAAUCAGGGUCACGGGGAUAGCAGUUAUUUUCGGCGGCUUGGAAAUAUAAAUGUCCAAUUUGCGCUGCCGUGAAGUUUUCCCCACCGAAAUGAUUAACUUGAUUUAUGCGUGCGGCGACAAAGUUUCGAAGGCAACGCCCCGAAUGCCAGGUGCUGCUGGCCAAGAAAAGUUUGGAUAAAAAAUGGUAUACAGAAAAAAAAUGAAUGGGCAAAGUGGAAAAAAUGGGAGAAAAUACAUUUGUCGCGUCGCGUCAAGGCGUUAAUUUCUUGGCACUAACUUGAGGCUGCCCGAAAAAGUAUGCUACACCAGUUUUUGUGCGAAAGGACCUUCGCACUGCUGCUCCGCGGUGUUUUUGUUUCAGGAGCUGGAACUAUAACAAGCUCCAUUAGUUGGCCAUGUCGUUUCGACAGCUGCUAGUCGACGUCUGGCUGCCAGUGGCCUCAUUUGUUUUAAUGUGUCAAUUUGUUGACUUUUCCUGCUGUUUUGCCCCCUUUCAAAGUGAAAUUGUGGAGGCGGGGACUCCUUUUUUUUAUUAUGGUAGGUGGAAAAUGAAACCACCUGUAAUCUGUCAGCAGACGCUUUAAUAAACGUUUAAUACGUCGGCCAAACGGAAUGGGGAAAACCAACAAACUUUUGAUUGGCCCAGGCUAUUUUUCAUGAGGUUUACUCAUCAUUUUCUUGUGGUUGGCAAAAGCUAUUAGUUCUACGUUUCACGCCUUUUGCUUUUUAUGCUUUAAGUCAUAAAUCAAUUGUUGAUUAAACCUACAAAGAAAGUUCCUUUUGAAUUUAUAUGCUUUGUUUGAUUUAAAAAAUUGUUUUCAGCCAUUAUAUUUUCUUAGGAAAGUUAUUGCAACAUAUUGCCUUCUUUUCUGUUUGGUUUUUUAUGUUUCCGCAAGGAAAACUUUGUCAUAAAAAUGUGCUCCAUACUUGUGUUUAUUGAUGCUCUUUGAUUAAGUGUUAAGUUGGAGUUGGAUACUUUGCGGGAUCUUUCGGAACUUCAGCGGCCAUUUCUUCUUUUUUUUCGCAUUGCUUAAAGCUCACUUAAGGCAACAAUUUCGCCUGAUUUACAGGUCAUAUAUUCUCCCAUGUGCUUCUGUGUGUGUCGGAUGUGGGCUCCAUUAAAUUUUUAUUAAGUGCAAAAUGAAAUUGCCUCACUUUUGGCCCCUCUUUCGCUGUCUCUGGCUUUUGUUUUUGUUGGGGGGCUUAAUGCGCUUUAAGCCCGCUGGAACUUUGGUGGCCAUUUAAAAUUUGUGCCGACAUAAAGCAUAAAUUAUGGCGUUUGUCGGGACUUACGUCCCGCCUUCUUUUCCUCUCCCGCCUCUUAAACGUUAAACAAGCUCAUAUAUGCACACGUGUCUGUGUGUGUGAGUGUGUGUUGGUGUGUGCUGAGCAUAUGGCGAACAUUUUCCUAGCAAUUUUCCCCAUCCUUUUUCCACAUCGUUUUGUUUAUGUGAAACUAGCGCAUUGAAAUUGCAUUUUUAAUGCGCUUAUUAAAAUGAUAAAGUGGUCGACGAUACCCCUGCUAAUUCUUCAUAGAAUCCUGCACAACUAACUAUAGUAUACAUGUGUUUUGUUAGCUCAUUAAAGUUGUUGCUCUGCUCGCAGUGCAUUACAAUGAGCUUUGGUUCUGGGUAUGUGUUUUUUUUUUCGAGCUCUUCCUUUUUGGCAGCCCGGCAAAAGUUAAUUAAGUUGCAAAUGCCGCGCGUAGGUACAUUAAAAACUAAUUGCUGCUAUCGUUAUCGUUACGGUUGGGCAUUAGCGUUACGUAACGGCAACGUAGCACUCAUUACGAUUCGCUUGGCUACGUCCACACAUUUAAAGACUGCAAAUUGCCCCUUGAAUGUGGGGAUUGUAGUACACUACUGCUUUAAACUUUAAAUUUAAUUGGAGUAAAACCACACGUUUGCAGAGGAAGUUAACAGGAUCCAAAGUCCUAGAAGUACUCACUUUCGAUGAAGAACCUACGAAUAUGUUUGUUAUGCAAGCUGAUAUUCAAUUUAUGUUCUCAAUUUAAAUAGUAAAACUCCACAUCCAUUUUACAAAUGCAAUUUUGCCCUUUCCGAGUUUCAUUUUUAAUUCAAUCGGGAUGAUUUUGGCGUCAUAAUUUAUUUAUACCAAUUACACUUUUGCCCCCGAGUCCUGCCAACGAUUCUCUUUAGCUGAUUGUUCUGUAUCCUUCUCAAACGCUCGUGUUGUGUGUUUUGUUUUCUGUUUUCGACCUUAAUUUCAUUGACGCGCCCACAUUUUGCUGACAUGGCCGCAGACACCCACUCACACACACACCCACACACAACCACAGAUAGCAGAGCACACACGUAAAAAAUUUGUUUGUCCUCACACUUGAGUGCCAGCCACAGCCGGAAUUUUUCGUCCUUUUCGCCUCACUUUCAGUUUGUUUAGUUUUUUUUUUGCUCGGUAUUUAUUCCUGGGAUUGUGUGUGUGGUUGUUGUUUUUUUUUUAGUGUUACAUCGUUUACAUUGUCUAAACAGCCGGAGUGCCCAACAAGUGUACGGGUCUUUGGCAUAAAGGUGUAUAUCGUUCUGCAGACCUGACACCCCCACCCCCAACUCCUCCACCACGUAUAUAUUUGCCCCAUCUAUUCCCAACUGAAUCCCCCUUUUCAUCGCACUCUCGGCAGCUUCUCAUCUUGCCGGAAAAGUUUGUUGGCUCUUGUUUUUUUCGCCGUUGCGCACUUUUUUAUGAUUUCCAGUUUCAGCUUACCACCACACACCAUAACCUCCGGUGUGUGUUGGUGUGUAUGCACUGGAAAAAUAUAAGAAUGCACAAUCUAUAAAUGAAAAAUACUGUUAGGCUCAAUAGGUCAACUGGAAGCUUUUUAUAGUUUCAAAAAUAUCUCAGAAAAUACAAAUGAAUAAUAAUCAUGCUAUUGAUUACUGCAUGAAAAGCGGAUUAUCUUAUUGAUGCCGAGCGUGACCAAAAAAGACAACAUUAAGUAAUGAAGUAUGGAAUUAAGCCCUGAAUUUCUUCGUGUGUAUCCACACAUAUACAUAUACAUAUUAAGGAGGACUUAUACACCCCCUGCUGUUGCUGCCACGCGUUGUACAUUUAAUGGCGUUGAUAUGGUUUUAUGACCUUUGUGGCCUGUUACACAUACGCCCCCGAAAAUUGCAUUGUUGGCUUUAUUUUUGCCCUGCCCCCUUUCCUUUGCUUUUUUAUUACAUUUAUUUUAUGUUUUUUAUGAUUUCGUGCUUUUGUUUCUCUCACUCGCUAUUUGUGUGCAAGUGUGUGUGUGCCGAGUUUAAUUUUUCCAUUUCGCCCAGCAUCACCAAGGAGUCAUAAUUUCUAAGUUGAUUUUCUUGUUCUGCUCGAGGGAAAGUGGGCGGGGGUGGCAAAGUAGGCUUUUAAAACUCCGUUUCUUUUCCAUUUUAUUUGGCGGCAAUGCAAUGCACUGUGCUGAAGUGCCAAGUGCAUUUCUGCGAAUAAAAAUGCAAUUGGAUUUCGCUCUGGCGAUAUUUGCUUUUGUUUGUCCUCGUAUUUCAAAUGUGACAAAUUGAGUGGUUGCCUCCAACGCAGCCCCAUCUCGUGGUUGAAAAUUGUUUGCAUUUUUAAAAGAUUCAUUUGGACUGGGGGAAAAUCGAGAUGCUUUUGCUUUAUUGAUGCCAAACGGCAAAAACCACAGAACUGAAAAGGGUGAAAAACAUCCGUGAAAAGGGAAAAAUUCAGGACAGACAAGCUAAACUGGGAAACGGGUUUUGUUUUAAACAUUCUGCGAGGUGAAGUUUAAAAGAAAUAUUCAACCUAUAUGGAAGAAGUUAAAUUUUAUUUUAAAGAUGCUCUCGAUUCAUUUGCUUUAUUUCCAGGUUAAUAAUCCUUACAAUAGUAGUAAUAGAAAUUGAGUUAUCAGAAAAUAGAAAUUACAUGUACCAGGAACCAUAAAACCAAUUGAUUGGCUUGGGCGACGGGCGGCAAAAGAAUUUAACGGCCGUUCCUAACUUCCGAUUAACCUCAUCCACCUGGCCCAUUCCAGCAGUCAUAAAUCCACAAAAUUGACCCGAAAUUGUGGAAAUCGUUGAUUUAUGACUGCGAAGCAGACAAUUCCAUCAGGAAAUUGCGUGACUGUUUAAUUGAAAAUGAGUCGCGCAGUUCGUGAGUGCCUUGGCCGUAAUAUGCAAAACGAGGAGCUCUACUUGGGAGAAAAAGGCCGAGCCAGCAGACCCAAAAGCAGACCCGGCAGACAUGCCAGACAGUUUAUGGCCAGAAGAAAGCCCCAAGUUGGCUUGACUGACUCUCCUCGAGCGUGCUCCAAAAUUCAUGAGCCACGAAAACGCAUAAAUAUAAAGUUUUGCCCCUCUCUGCGCCAAAUUUUUAUUCAAGCUCCUUGUGUGAGACACGAAAGUGGGACAAAAUAAAAGAAGCGAAAAUAAAAGUAUAGGCCAAAACAGAAAUGCGAGGAAUAGCAGGCAAUUUUGAUGAAAAUUAUGACAAUAAUUGUCAUUAAAUCAAAAAUGCUCAGUAAUUGUCUCAUAAAUUUACUAUGCAAAUUGUGAGGCAGGGCCAUGAAAAUCGAGUGGGUCGUAGUGGGGGGGAAGGUAAAAGGGACCAGGUUUCGUGUUGGACUUUGCAAAUUUUACGAUAUCAAUAAAAACGUCGACAAUAUAAACUUUACUUCUGGCUCGUGGGCACUACCUCCUUUGGGCAUUAAAUUUGUAUAGCAUAUUUCUAGGCGCACGUUGGUUUUAGUUCACGUUGUUGCCAUGUUUGUUGUUUAGAGCCCAAAACGAGCGCGCACAGCCACAAAAGUUUUUACGACGCCUCAUAAAAGCCAAGAGCCGAACUGGCCAAAAGGACUCGCUCCCCCUCCCCCCUCUCCCUACCAAACUGCUCAAAAGGUAGCAGGGCCAACUUGUGCUGCAAAGGAUUAGAUAAGAGGCAUAAACCCGAUGGCCCGUCCUUACCUUUUUAUGCCCAUGCACUUGUCGUCGUCGUUAUGUGGACGUUCGGCCUUCCUGGUGGUCUUGCAAGCAAAGCGCCAGCAAACAAAAAUGCAAAUAAAAAACCAAUAUAGAGCCUUUAAAAAAAAAGUAACGAACCACGCCCAGCGGCGAUUUAAAGUUCGACGCCCACAAAUUUGCACGAGGUCGAGAGCGAGUGUCGAGAACAUGCCAAAAGUGGGCGGUGACCACAGGAAGCCGCAAAGUGGCUUUUUAAUGCACAGCAGGAGCAACAACAGGAUCAACAGGAGCAUUCGGUUCAGCUCAAAAGCAACACAGUAAUGUACGACCAAACACAGGAGCAACAGUCAAAGUAACCAGAAGAGUAGUGGCAACAUUAACAAUUAAAGAUACACUGGCAGUCUGACAAGGUGAUUUACAAGAAAAAAGGAUGACCUUUAAAGUCAUAAACUCAUUUGUAACUAUGCCACUGUAGAUGGUACUUAAAAAGGUGUUAUUUAAUAACAGUAAUAAACUUAUAGCCCGCUAAUUGCAACAGAAUAACUUAAACAAAUAGUCUCUAUAACCCAAAGUAAAGUAAUGCAGCCACAAAAAUUGCAGGAAUUGUAGCAAAUAGCAAAGGGAAUUUCCGGCGGAAUAGCAGAUAUUUGUGUGUGCAACACAUACACCCAUAUACAACCACAUAUACACAUGCAAUUAUAUAUAAAAAUCAGGCAGCAGCGAGAUGGAUGAAAAUUGGAAAAAAAAACAACACUUGCUGAAAUUGCUUACUUUGCUGCCCACAAACACGCCCACAUUGGUUGGGCGGGCAAAGGCGUGUGUGUGUGUGUGGUUAAGCAUGUGUGCGUGUGCUAUGCAGGAGUAUGUGGUCUGUUGUGUUAAUUUAAUUAAGGCCUUGUUUGCCCUGCUACAACGCAACAAAUUAAAUACACAUAUUAAAAGCCGCUGGCGAAAAAGGAUUCCAUGGAAAUUCCUCAAGGUCGGCCAAACAUAUUUAUAAUAAUGGAAACCCAGGGCUUUAAAAAUCCCAAUUCAAAGAAUCAAGUCUCAGGCAUUUGGUUGUUUUGGCCAAACAAAACCAUAUGUUGGGCAACACAAUUUGGACGCUUCAUUAAUAAUUCAACAGGAGACGUGGCCAACAAAAAGGGGCAUAAUACAAACCUUUUUCCAUCAAUAGCCAAAAUGUUGCAUAUCUUAAAAGGCUAUACCAUAUAUUAUGGCUGACUAGGUCAAUCCCAAAAACUGAGCCCAGAAAAGGGUAUAUUUAAAGAAAAGGAUAAGCACGAAGAUCAAAUACCCUCGCUGGUUUAUCGUUUUAAAUAAAAUACUAAGCUAAUGAGGGAAAGUAUACAAUAUUUAGUAUUUGCAAUUACUUAUGGGGAUAGAGAAAGGUACAUAUUUACCUAAUGAAUGAAAUUUAAAGCAACCUCUAUUCCAUUCAUUGAUUUCAUCAAAAAAAGCUAGCUAAACUCAGAAAUAAAAGCGAUAUUUUCAGAUUUUAGACAACAAAUCCGUGUGAUUUAUGAAUCUGAGCUGCCAGGAAACCUGAAGGAAACUCAAGUGGCUGUAUUACUUCUCCAUUUUCCAACGAAUGCACAGCAUCGCCGUCCCUCCGAUUAUUUGAGACAGCUUCAGAAAUUAUUAUGUUUUGCUUUUAGCGUGAUUGAAAUGAAAUUAAACUGCUUGCAAACGCACGCGUUUUCAGUCGUCUGCCAGCUGCCAAGGACAUGUGUGUUGACAUAAACAAAAUUAAACGAACGUGAAAAAAAUGUGCUAAAAAUGAAGAUAAACUAGAAGACAAAGUUGAUGGCGCCAGCAGCACAACGAAACAUUUCAUUUACAAAAUGAAAAUUUAGUAAGAGGCGCAGCCCCUAAACAUAUUUUCUCAUCUAUAUGAAAGAUACGCAUAUUUCUCUGAAGGAUCGUAAUCGCCUGUGCCUGGGAUGCUGACAAUUUGCGCGUCUUAUUUAUGGACAAUUUUUUUAUUGUCAGCUGCAUUGCAGCACAUAUCCUUGUACUCGUAUCCUUAUUGUGUGCGUUUGACAGCAAAAACCUUUUAAAUCCUUGUUAACUUCUCUAAAUGCUCAGGUUGCUUUUCGAAAGUCCCGCUCCUACAUAUGUGUGCAUACAUAUAAAGGACAUUUAUAUUGCUCGUGGGCUUUUCUUUGUGUCAUCAGCAGCGGUAUUUGGUUGAAAGUAAAAAGUAAAUUGAAAAGCAUUUCAGCAGAGGUUUUUCUCGUUUUUAUUAUUAUUUUUUUUUUUCUUUCUUUUUUCUUAUAAAUAAACUGAAAUUAUGCUGAUUGUUGGUUGAGCUUGCGUCGUAGCCCGGCGACUUUGGCAAAUCGAAACAAAUGAGUAUGGAAAUCGGUUUUUAGCUGCUAAGUGAAAAUUAUGUGUGCAAAGUCUCUAGGGGAUUUUCCGAAGGGAAAAGCAGCCCAUGGGAGUCGAGGAAAACCGACAAUUUAAAAUGUAAGGAAAAACGCUCCUGAAAGAGAAUAGGGAAAAUGAAAGCUUAACCCUCACUAGGAACUCGUUGAGCGGCUUUGGUAUUAUCUUCUCUCCAGCCAUUAUUCAUUUAUUUAUGCUCGGUUUUCAUUUUGAUUGCCCGCCAAAUCUAUGCAAAUUAGCCAGGCUUAAUACAAAAAUGCUUAACAAAAAAAAGAAAACAGGCAUCAACCUUUCUCUUAAGGCAUUCAAAAAUAGUUUGCGACUUAGAUGACCAUGAAUUGCAACUCGGUUUUUUUUUCUGCCUCUCCUCUAAAGAAGCUUAAGUGUAAAUGCGGCAUAUAAAUGAACUCAUUAAACCUGGCAGAGGAAUUGGCCCCAAGAUAAUAUUUUUGCUAUUUGAGAAAUGUAUUUUUCAUUAAUUUGAGACAUUUAAAUAUUUACACAGCAGCCAGGCAGGCAGCUAGCCGGUUGUAUAAUUAAUUGUUUGGCCUUCAAGUGGCUGACUGGAAAUUUUUCACUUGGCUGGUAAAUUAUGCGAAUGGUGCCGCAUUUCACACUUUAAGCUGACAGCCGAAGGAGUUGAAGUUUGGGAAGGUGAAAAUUUAUGCAACGAAAUUAAUUCCAUGCAAAAACAAUUAAGUUAAUUUAGCAAAAGGCUGAGCGCGGCCAGCAGCAGCCCAGUCGGUCGAGAAAAGCGCAACAGCAGAAAAAUCAGGCUCAACUGAAAUAUAAUAAACUUUUUGGGGGGAAGUCAGGGACGUAGUAGCCGAAUUGGUCGGGGGGCGGGGGUUGAAUUGUUGUAAAAUGCUUUAAAUUUCCCAUUGCCAUCGCCAUUUGGCAUUGCCAUUGCCUUUGCUGUUGUUUCGCCAGUGUGUUGUAAUACAAACGCAAUUAAAACCCGCUGAAGAGGCGCAAACAACAGACAGCCGCUGGGUGGGAUUGGAGCGGGGAUUGUAACAUAAGAGGUGGGUUGGGGGUGGCCAAAUGGUGGGUGGGCUCAGGGUGGAACAACCUGGUGGGUAGGGAAAACGGGAAGCGGGAGCCAACAAAUGAAAUGAACGAACAGAAAGCGAGAGAAACGACACCGUAAAACAUUUAAAUGCCAAAAAAUAGACAAAAAAUGGACCGGAGUAGCACAAGCAGGGUGAAAGCCGGAAAAUGGCUGGGGAGAAAGCGGGGGUUGCGAGAAAGAGAAAGGAAAGGCGGACGGAAUUUCGCUUUCAAAUUUGCGUUGGCGCGUGAAAUAUACUUGCAAAUGUAUGCGUAUGUAUUAAAGUGUGUGUGUGAGUUUGUGUGAAAGGAUUGCGAAUUUCACAGUCAAUGCAUUUAACGAAUCGCAAAUGGAAAGCGCGGGGGAAAUGUUAACAACCAGUGUAAUUUUACAGCUGAGCUCGGGUAGCCCAAAACGGAAAAUUUUUUAAUAAAUACACAGGGAACAAUAUACAGUUUGGCUAAUUUAUGGCAGUCACCAAAUGUUUAAAUCUAUUUCUGUAUUAAAUAUGGAUAGUUACCUUGUUAAUUUCUGAACCAAAAGUUUAUAGUCUGACUUUAAUGUGCAACUUUUUCUUGCUGUGUAAAAGGACGGCCUGAACUAGAUAAGAGAACUUAUCUCAUCUGCUGAUUGUUGUUUCAUUUAUCACGCAAAUGUCAAGAUCCGCUGGCGCAGCUCAAAAUGAAUAGCGAAAAAAAUACGAUUUUAAUUGCAUUUCAGCAUUUACCACCCUCUCUCGCUGAGGUGUUAAGUGGCAAAGGAGUUAGAGAUUGGGUCGGGAGCGGAGUAGCCACCCCCUUGGGCGGUUCAGCAUUGACAUUGACACAACCCCUGGCACACCACCCCCUUAGUUUCCACACAGUUUUUCCCUACUUAUUCUCCUUCUGCAACUCUCCAAUUUUCAGCUAGCCAACUCACAAGCGUGCAAUAAAUUUUUCAAUGUCAUGCGUAUCUAUAUAAAGAACAAGAACAGGAGAAUGUCCUCGAAGUGGCGGAGGGAUAGGUGUGGGAGUGUGGGUGUGUGGGUGUAUGGGUAUCGCAGCUAAGCCCUUUGUCCUUCGUCUUUAGACCACUAAGCACCCAAACAGCAAAACAAACUUCCAAUCAGACCCAAGUCAGUCACCCCCUCUCCAUUUUGGCUGCGACUUUGUGAUAAAUGUGCUACAGCUUUUUGUCUUUACUUCAUUUGAAGUUGGCUUGGCUGGGCUUGGCCAGCUGGAAUCGGUUUUUCCAUCUCCGACUGCCGGAGUCCAAGUUGUGCUGAAAGUGUUGAAGCAGCACUUUGGCAGCGCAUCAACGCCAACGAGCCACGCCCACUGCCACCACCACCGCCCACUUUUCCACACCACACCCCCCUCUUUUAGGGCCAUUGGCAUGUUUGCUUUUUUAUCUGCGUUUUUGCAUGUGACUCCGAGUCUCGGAAUCUUGAGCGUAGUUUCAGUGAUGCCCUGAAAAAGGUAGCUUUAAUUGUUAAAGUCAUUUAUUAUGAUUUUAUGCUUUUUUCAUCAUUGAAAUUUUCUAAUAUUUUCGCUGAAGUAAAUACACCUUUAUGCCAUUCCCAAGGAUUUUAUUAGUGUGAGCAUAAGCCAUGUUCAUUUGAGUCGUUGUACAAAACUAAAACUAACAUUAUUUUCAUCAAAAGUAGUAGUAACAUUUUCCAAUGCUAAGGGAGCAAUUAUUUGGAAGAGUAUUAAAAACUUCAACCUUUAAGCAUCCCCUUUUGUGUAGUGUUUUUUUGUAUCUGCGCACAAGUUACAUUUUUAAUCGCGCCUUUGAGACUUCAUUAGUGCAACAGCAGCCAGGAGAACGGAGCGGCACGUAGCGAAGACUUCUGAGGGGCAGUGGCAUACAUAUAUAGAGGAAGGACGAUAUGCCAGGAGGAUAUAGCGAGACUGAAACAUGUGCGACGUUGUUUCAAGUGCAGCUGAUGCUGCUGAUGCUCCUGAUGCUGCUGCUGCUGCUGAUGAUGGUUCCUCGGCAAUAGCCCUCCAUUAUUCCCAUUCCCAAUCCCAACCCGGUUCCAUUCUUGUUGUCUGCCAAAUGGCGCAUGAAACGCAGGCAAAGAACACUAUCCACCGCUCUCUUUCCCGCUAAGUACUGCCGUCUCGCUCAGCGAGUGUCUGGGCACUUAGCUUUGCUUGAAGUGUUGUCUCUGCUUUUUGCCGAAACCCUUUCUCUUUCUGGCUUUAAAUGAAGAGUGUUUGUCUUGAGCUUCAAGUGUGGCAGGUUGUGAUUUUUAUUUAAAACUAAGCAAACAACAAUAAUGCUUAAAGACCAAUCUCCAACGUUUCAUCAGUUAUUUGAGAUUGGGAUCUCGAGCAGGUUAUGGCUCAUAUUUGCUCACGCACUUGACAUGACUUUGGCGGGCAAAAAAAAAAAAAAAGAAAA